UCCGAGUUCCCAGUUGUUUUGAAAGCUGUAUGAAGCUCAUCUUGCCCAUGUCACCAGGGGCCUGUUGCACAAAAGUAGAAUUAAGACAUCCGGGAUAAAUGACUCAGCUGAGCUCAAUGAAGCCAAAACAUGUGCGUCCAGGCUUAAUUGGUUGCACAAAAACCAAGCCAGGAUGAGCAGACACGGAUUCAUUAAGCCAGGUGAAACCAAUCCUGGAUAGGUGCGCGCUCACGGCUCACUCAAAUAGACCCCGCCACAGAUCACAGAUUAACUGAUUUACCAUGGCAACUAGAGCCGCGUACUUUUCCCUGUCGGAAGCACAAAUCCUCAUGGAGGCAUACGAGGAGGUAAAAGAUAUAAUUAAGAAGAAAGGCAACACCGCCACAGUGAUAAAGCAAAGAGAAAAAGCGUGGCAAAGUAUUGCAGACCGCCUGAAUGCAUUAAACAUGAACGGGCCAAAACGGACAUGGCAGCAGGUCAAAAUCAAAUACAAGAACAUUCUGCAGAAUGCAGUGAAAAAGAAUGCCCACAGACAAGGCACGGGUGGUGGGUCACCAAAGGCUGACCUUACCCCAGCAGAGGACAUGGCCUUGGAGCUAAAUAAAGGCAGGCCCGUCUUAGAGGGGAUACCUGGGGGGAAAGAGACGAGCAUAGGUUCCUCCCAAGAUGCCACCCGCUUCAUUCAAGUGUCUGGCAGCACUGUGUUCCUGUUAGAGCCACCAGCACAAGCACCAGACGAUGCUGAUCCAGGUGAAGGCCCCAGUGCAGCAGCAACAGCACAUGAUGAAGACGAUGAUGAGGAGGAGACCAUCUCUCUGGAUUCCAGAAGGCAUGAGGACCCAGAUGCUAUACAGUGGGAAAACCAGCCUGGCAACAUAAGCUCACAAGCUAUCAGAAAGUUGUAUGGCAACCACCUCCGGCACCAAAUAGAACUGGCAGACAUAGACAUUCAGUACAAGAAGAAAAAGAUGGAAAAUCUUGCACUGGAGUCCGAAAUAAAAAAGAGGACAAUUAGGAAACUGGACCUUGAAAUAAAAAAACUUGAGAGGGAGGUGAGAGAUGCCUUCAAUGUACACUGUAUGCUAACUGUAACACAUGUAUUAAUCAUUAUUUUUCUUUCCUCCCCCAGCUCCAAGAAGAUGACACAGCUCAAAAUAAAAAUUAGCAAUCAGUACAACCAAGUCAUCGUUAUAAGGCAUCGCCCUCUUUUGCCCACCCCCCCAGCACCAGGUGUGGCCACUAGCCUAUAUGAAGGCCCAAAAUUGUGUGUUCCUUUCUGCUCUGACAAGGGCAUGCCCAUUCGUGCGAGAUGUGGUGGAUGAAGAAGCACUUGUGCUGAGGAGAGCCUUCAGGCGAGAAAGGGUCUUCAGGGACCGGUUGGACCCACUGGCCUUCCCUGAUGACCAUCUAUAUGAAAGAUACAGGUUUUCUGCAGAUGGCAUCAGGCAUCUAUGCAGACUACUGGGUCCCAGGAUUAAGCACCGCACUGCACGGAGCCAUGCACUGAGUGUGGAGCAAAUGGUUUGUGUGGCCUUGCGCUUUUUUGCUAGUGGAGCCUUCCUGUACUCAGUGGGGGAUGCAGAACAGCUGAACAAGGCCACAAUUUGCCGCACAAUAAGGAGUGUGUGUCUGGCUAUCAAAGCAUUAGCAGAUGUCUUCAUCUCCUUCCCUGGCCACAGAAGACUCUGUGAAAUCAAAGAGGAGUUCUAUAGGA